AUGGCGGCCCAGAUUGCAGCAUCAUUGGCAUGCCCGACCAUUUCUGCGGCCAAGCAGUGCCAGCUCCAUGGCCAGACAGCCAGGCCAGCAGGCAGGAUCUUGGCGGGCCGUGUUCCCUUCCUGCAGGGCCAGAGUCUGCGUGCCUCAACAUCAGCUCACCGUGCACAGAGGCAGCAGCGUGACAACACAUGCAAAGCAGAGUACAGGCUGCCACUUGUCGGGGGAGAGGCACCGGACUUCAUAGCUGAGGCUGUGUACGACCAAGAGUUCCAGACUGUGACCCUCUCCCAGUACAGGGGCAAGUACGUGGUGCUCUUCUUCUAUCCUCUGGACUUCACAUUCGUGUGCCCCACAGAGAUCACAGCCUUCUCUGAUCGCCAUGGAGAGUUUGCCAAGCUGAACACAGAGAUCCUUGGAGUUUCAGUAGACUCUCCCUUCUCCCACCUUGCCUGGGUCCAGACAGACCGCAACCAGGGCGGUGUUGGUGACCUUACAUACCCACUGGUGUCCGACCUGAAGCGCGAGAUUGUGCAGAAGUACAAUGUGCUGACGCCAGAAGGUGUUGCCCUCCGUGGCCUCUUCCUCAUCGACAAGGAGGGCGUCAUCCAGCACGCCACCAUCAACAACCUGGCAUUUGGGCGCAGCGUGGAUGAGACACUGCGCAUCCUGCAGGCCAUCCAGUAUGUGCAGGAGAAUCCCGAUGAGGUCUGCCCGGCUGGCUGGAAGCCCGGUGAUGUGACAAUGAAGCCCACUCCCAAGGACUCCAAGGACUACUUUGCUGCUCUCUGA